AUGAGCGUCAUCCUUCAAGCAUUCCUUCACAACCCUCUACUGCGAAACUUCUUCCUUAGCGACAAACACAACUCGAAACUAUGUGGAAAGCUCUACUGCAUGUGCUGUGAGCUCGACCAGAUGUUCGCCGACGUCUUCAAUCCGUCCAGUACCCAAAAUGUCGAUUCUGGUGCUGGACUCUCCGUCGGUCCACUCUCACUUUUACGAACAACAUGGCAGAAUAGCAACGAUAUGGCGGGAUAUGCUCAGCAUGACGCACACGAAUUCUUUAUAACGGUGUUGAAUCAAUUGCAUUCGGGAUCUGCGGAUGCUACCCACGGAUCCUCGUGUACGUGUGUAGUACACCAAAUAUUCGCUGGGCAACUCCAGAGCGACGUCAAAUGCGGCAAAUGUGGUCACAUCAAUCCAACCAUUGACCCCAUGCUUGAUAUUAGUCUUGAACUGAAGGGUGUUCCAAAUGGGAAAAUGCCCACACUGGCUUCGUGCCUUAGAAGGUUUACGGAAAAGGAGACAUUACCAGCAAACGCGUACGUCUGUAGCAAUUGCAACUCAUCCACAAGUGAAGCGACAAAGCAACUCAGCAUCCGAAAGCUUCCACCGGUGCUUUGCAUUCAGCUCAAGAGAUUCGAACACAAAUCAUCAGCUGCCAAGAUCGAUACACCGGUAAAAUUUCCUGGAAUCAUUAAUAUGUCGCCUUACACAACAGCGGCAAUUGGGAUGCAAGUUCGGGAAGGGAAGGUCCCCAAGCUCGAUCCAGCGACAACGUACGACUAUGAGCUAUUUGCUGUCGUUAACCAUGAGGGCCAACUGAACACCGGUCACUAUACCAACUUUGCGCGCAGCCAGAAUGAGUGGUACCGCUUUGAUGAUGAAAAAGUUACGCAUACUACGCUGCGAGAAUGCCUCCAAUCUAUCCCAUACAUGUGCUUCUAUGUGAAGCGAAAUUUGGACUAUGGUGCAGCUUCGAACGCUGUUCCAGCUUCCAUGGGCCCUCCACCCUCCGCCCCUUCAGUCGCGAAUGGCCCACCUGUCGCCGCCCCAGCCCCCGUCCAACCAACGUCGAUGAAAGACAUAUCCAUAGUCUCAAAAUCUACCGAUGCUGACGACUCCGAUACUGAUUCUCAGACCUCGGAGCAAUAG